AUGUUCAACGAAGAGGUCAGAACUGAAUACGAUCCACUGAUUAGUGGAUUGGAGCCGGAAUCAUUUGAUACAGUAUUCCAAGAGAUAUUCUCAGGAAUUAAAAACUAUUUGAAUGAUGACGAGCCUCCUGUCUCAGAGAAGCCCAGCGACUUUUUGAAACUGCGUCUAGAUGAGAACAUCCCCUACUUGGAUCCUAAUUUUAUGCCAGUGCCGCCUUAUCCGGAUUUAUCACCUGCCGUUCUGCAGCCCCCACUACCAGUAAUUGAAAAACCGACUGAACCGAGAACUAGAACUCGUCAGUAUGCAAUGCUGCGCUGUUCGUGUUCUCAAGAUUUCGUUUCUCAGUUUGCAUUGGAAUAUCAUGAAACCAAAUGUCAUCAACACUACUUCAAUUGGUUUUGCUCGGAAUGCAACAUUCGCUACGACACUUUGCAGCAAGCAAGUGAUCAUUCAAUGAUGACUCAUUCUGAUGGGCAGAUGCCUUUGUUGGGAGAUGACUUUACCCGAAGACCACCGGGACCAUAUAUGAUGCAGGCGUUAGCCCGACGCUCAACAGACUUUGUCAAGGAAUUUUUGUACAGUCGUGGCAAGAAGACCGUCAUGACAGCAUCAUACUACAUGCUUGCAAAGUGUGAGCUUCAAGCAAUCUCACCUAUGAAUGUUGGUCUGGUUAUUUACAACCAGGCUAAAACUGAUCUGCUCACUACGAUUGACUCAGCGGAACACGAAGAUUUCAUUUCCUACUUGAAGAGCAUGUUCAUUUACGGGAAAUUCAUCAAACGUGUCCCCCUGGAUCACUACUAUGGACCGACAACUGUUUACAAGACAUUGACAUUCACCAGCAUUCCAUCCAAAUCAAAGCAACAGUCAGAACAACCUCCAGCGGGGAGAUAUGUCGGUGCAGGGACCAUGAGAAUUGCUGGGACCCGUCCACAAUAUACUGUAAACCCGAAAUAUCGAGUCACUCAGUACUCCAACAAUCAAUAUCGCACUAUGUUCCAUCUUCCAACAACUCCACGCAGCAACAACUACGCGCUCAUUCCGACUAGGCCAGCAUCAACUGCUGUUCGACGUCUUACUGCUCCACCAAGCUAUACUUUGUAUCCAGUUCGUAGCAACGCCAAGUGA